UUUGAUAACGUCUGGUUUAUGAAUUUUUAUCUAGGCUGCGACAAGCACUACUACUGGCAUGAUAUAGCUCCUGGACAAGAAUCGUAUUUUGUGAUGAACACAGCUCUAGAUGUCAAAUGUCUAGCGAUAAUAGUUGGUAUUCGCGGCAUAUGCGUUUGCGAGCCAUACACCAAAUCCGGAUCACUUGUAAUCCACAAUAACCAUUUGGUUGCUAAUAUGCGCGAAGAGAUGUUUGGCUACUAUAUAGAUCUGAUCUGCUUGUGGAAGUGCGAUUUCGAAAGAAUGGCCAAAUCAGCGCAGGAAAAAGGGUUUGCCGUGAUAGAUUUUAUUAUUGAUUAAUUAACUCUUACAAAUAAAUUAGUUUUGUUUAUUGCAUAUUGAAA